GCAUAAAACUAGUUUGAUCGUAAAUAAAAUUUUGAAGUCCAGAAAACUAUUUAGAACGCAGAACAAAACUGGCAUGGGAUUUUAGCGGGAGGUAAAAUGAUGCGCGGAAUCCAUUUUGUGAAAUGGUCUACCAUUUUCUUCAUGAUUCUUCUCCAAAUUCCGCCCUUCCAUUCGGUCUCUUCCACUUGUGAAUUCAGUUUCGUUAACAAUGGCAAGAUGUAUAACUUCAAUCUGGCAUCGCCUAUUUCCAAAUUCGCUCAUGGAGUCCUCAGCGAAGACGGGUUUUACAGAGUAGCAGGAAAUGAUACUAUUGUCUGGUUUCAGCUAUGUGAUGGGAUGAUUUUCAAUCAUGAUCCACCUAUGUGUGUUGAUUGUUUGAAUUGUGGGGGACCUUCACAUUGUGGGAUGGGCUGUAGUGCACUUGUAUCGAGCAAAAUAGAUGGCUAUGAUGUAUGCACAACCAUUGGCCUUGUGCCAAGCACGAAUAUUAGCAUAAUUGAUAUUAAAAAUCCUCACAGAGGUGUCACCGUUAAGAUGUCAAACAAUGGCACUAAGGUCAAGUGCUCACUUUCCGUGUCUGUGUUUUGUACGACAGAUGGUAUUCAGGCGCCUCAAAUUUUGGAACAGAUAGGGCAUUGCGAGUAUACUACAUCCUUGAGGCAUCCUUCUGGUUGUGCAAAGAUUGUACAUGUCGAUAGAAGAGGCUGGGGCUUCUUCGGGACCUUUAUAACCAUCAUUUUAUGCCUUUUUGGAGGAUAUCUUUUGGCCGGGAUAGUCUAUCGAUAUUCUGUUCUCAAUGUUCGUGGUGUUGAUGUUAUUCCCAACCUGGAAUUCUGGCUUAGCUUACCACAUAAAGUUCAGAGUUUGGUUGCAUCUCUGGUCCGAAAAUUUAAGGGACCGUCUCGAGGUCAUCGAGAUACUUACUCUCCUGUCAACUUCUGAUAGCAUACAUUUUUGCUUCAAAUUGCUGGCAAUACACAGCCAGAAGGUGAUCCUGAAAUUGCAUCAGCAACCUAAUUAACGCUGCUAUAGAGCUGCAUCUUGUACUUGGUGUAUUCAAAACAUAGAUUAGAGAGAGAGAGAGAUAGCACCUGUAGGCAAUAGUCCAGUCUGCUACCAGAGAAGUAUGCUUCAUUUUUUGUACAUUCUUUUGGCAGUAAUCUCCUGAAAAAUAAGUGUAUAAGGUUCCUGAGAGAGAUAGACAGAAGGAGAUCUUGAUUGGAAUGUGAAACUUUCAUAGAAAUUGGGAGUAGGAGAAGGAAUUACGGCAUGGCUCUUAAUUUAAUAACCUGGAACUGAAUUUGGGAUCCUGAUGAAGGUAUUAUUUUCUUAUAAUGAGGAUUUUACAAAGUAGAA